CGCUGUGGCCCGGCCCUCAGAAGCCUCCGGUGCCUCGGGCGGGGCGGACCCGACGGCGUUCUCCCGGCCCCGCUCCCGUCAUGCCGUCCGUGCUGCGCCCUUCAGCGCUGGCCCGGCCCGGCCCGGCUGGCCGCGGGCAGGGCCGCAGCCAUGCACCCCGCGGUGACCUGACGGCGCUGGACACGGAGCUGGGGAACGCUGGAGGCGCUCCGUCCCACCACGGGCGGUUCCUGAAGCCGUGCGAGGGAACACCCGGGGCGAUGCGGCCGGGCCCGCGGCCGGGGAGCGCCGUGCGGGCCGGGAGCGCUCCGGGCAGCGCCGCGCACACGCGCCUGAGCGCCGUCCUGAGCAAAGUGGCGCAGCUAGAAAGCAAAAUCAUGGGUCAGAAAAAGCGCCUGGAAUUGCACAACACCGACUCGGGCCUGGGGUGCGCCUCCUCUGCCUCUGGGCGUGAAGGUGGUGCCAAGGGCAGGAGGUACUGGAAGAAUUCCGGUGCCACCGGUGGGAAUGGGACCCGCAGGGAUGCCUGUUCUGGGGAAGAGGAAAGCACGCCAAGCCCUGAAAGGAGUGUUGUGGUUAAACAACAGCUCGAUCUGGAUAGUGAUGAAGAGGAAAUGAGGGAAUUGAUGGAGAGCUCGUUGGGGCUUUCCAGUGGAAGUGGGAAUCAGAAGGUUCUGAGUAAGACUCCAGCUCCAUCAGGAAAGGCUCCUCCACCUCGUAAGGAAAUUUCAUCAGCAGAGUUAUCUACAGCAUCUUCUUCUCACAACAAAGACUCAGAGGAAAGUGUGUCUGGUAGAGUUAAUUCACCAGCACCCUCACCCACCAGCAGAAACCUGUCAGGACAUCCCACGAGACCUCGACUGCUGUCAUCUUCCAUGCAAGACAGCACUGCAAAGAGUGCUCUGCCUAAAGCAGGCUACACCAAGCAAAUCCAAGAAUCCCUUGAAAGUGUCAGAAGUGAAAUAAAGUCAUUAGAUGAAUUAUUUUCUGAAGGAACUGAUGCAGAAGCUCCAUCCAGCAGCAGUUUGAAAUACUUUGGGCUGAAUAUCAUGAGCCUUGAUGAUUUGGCACCAGAUACCACCAGUAAGGCAGCAGAAUUAAAGCAGAAAGGAGAAGACAUUCCGUUUACUCAAGAAUCAAACAAAUAUGUGAAAAAAGAUGCAUUGCAGGUGGAAGAGGAGCAGGCUGCUGUAAAAAUGAGCAGUGCAAUAACUGCUGGGAGUGAUUCUUCUGCAGAAGAAGUUGAAAAAUGUGUGUCUGAAGCUGAAAUCUCUGAACACUUAAGUGGAGUUUCCUCAGAUUUCCCUCCACACAAACAGCAUUAUCUUAAUCAGAAUGAGAGUACUCUUAAUUCAGAAUAUUCUGAAGACUUUGAAGGGUCUCAGUCUGCAGCAGAGGGGGAAGAGGGACGUGCUGAGGGCUGCAGCUGUUCUGGAGCUCACCCAUCCUCAGGGCCACCCCCAGAGCAGCACAGCCCGGGCCACCAAGUGAGCGUCACAGAAGCUGCAGUCCAGACAGCAGAGCCUCCCUUCAGCUCCUGCUGGGCAAAGGCACACCCCGCUGCAGCGCUCGCCCCGCCCGUCGGCACCAGCUGCAUUGACCCUGUGCCAAUUGCCAGUCACGCCAUCAGCCCGGAUGCAGUAGAAGCCCUGAGCGCGUACAGCCCCUCGGCUCUGCUCUUACACACCCUGUGCAAGCAGCACCUGAUGCUGACCCAGCACUUUGUCCAGAACGUUCACCACCUUCACACAGCCCUCGUGGAGUCCUUGGAGCGUGAGAAGUUUUGCUACCAUACCCUGGAAGAGGCUAAAGAGUACAUCAGGAAUCACAAAUCCCCACCUCUAACAAUUGAGCAAGCACUUGAAGAAAUUCAGAGAGAGCCCAGGAGGAACUGCUUGGACAGUUAUUGCACUUCAAGUGACAUUUGUAUUCACAGGGCUAAGGCUGAAAGAAGAAACCUUCCAAGUUGCACAGAUAAAAGAUGAUAAACUGUGUUGGAAGAACUCAUACAAACUGCUAUGUUAGUAUAAAUUAGUACAAGUUGCUAAUUACUGUAUAUAAUUUACUUUUCUAUACCUGAAUGUUUUGUGUACACAAUACAGAGAUACACAGGAACCUGCAGCCAGACUAUGUCAGCAGAAGAGACAUCAAGAUAACACUUGUAUCUCAUGGGACUCUGAUAAGUCAUCACAGUGCACACAUUUAUCCAGUGCACUGUGAGAUCUGUGAUCUCAUCUGUGAUGGUGGUACAAGUGAAAGUCUGUACUAGAGCCUGAGAACACAACCACAGCAGAAAAUUACCAUAUCCUGACUUCAGUGCCAUUACCCAAACAAUGUUUCUGUAUAAUCAGCCCUGUCAGGCUACAACAAACCCCAACACACACUUGGGUGUGUUCAUUAAGAUAAUUCAAAACAAGGAAGGCUUACAUCAAGGUACAGGAAAUUUCAGCUGCAUUUUUAUUUUUAAAAAAAAUUGUUUAUUGGAAGGCAAAACAACAACGUUCACAAGUUGGUAACAUACAGGUGUUGUAUGCUGAUUCACAGACAGGUACAGUUCCACAACUACAGCAGAUCUAGAACAAACUGAUAUUCCACCAUAUUAACUGGAUGGUUUUAUGAGGGUUUUUGCUCUACAAACAAACAACUGGAACAGGGAACCACCACGCAGACCUGGGAGUGGAAGUGCAGUGUAAGGGCCUAACAGCUCUAGCUGGUGCUCUCUGGAAACAGGUACAAAAGAUUUGUUUCUUUUUUCAUUUAGAUUACAGCAAGUUUCUAAGUUUCUCGUUGAUAGAAAUGUGUAGAGCAGAGAAAAUGGAUUCUCUUCUAUUGAACUAAUUAGCUUUUAUUAAAGGGUAUAUACAAAAAUAUAAAAAGCUCAAAGACUGUGUUCCAUUACAAAGCAUUGCCCAUCCCUCAGAGUGCUGGGAAAGCUACCAGAGAACUGCCCUUGUCUCCUGCCCCAGUGGUGGCUGCAGCAGCUGCUGGGCAGGGCCUGGAGGCGAGUGGAAGGUUCUAGAAGCUGGCACAGUGCUCAGAGGUCACCUGCACUGGAACUAGAUGCUUCAUUCCCCAUUUAGACAUUAGGAUACACUGCUCAGCAUCGGUCUGACUUGAUCCCAAGGCAGCACCCCUCCACUUCAAACAGAAUUAACCUUUUGAGAGAAAUAAAUACAUAUUAUGGAACUAGAGAACACACAACCACAUCACAUAAUGUCUGCUGCACAGCAAUGAAUGAGGCACAGUCCUGCACCAGGAACAGCUUGAGUGGGGUUUAAUUCUACUGGAAAAUGGGGAAUAAUUAGAAAGUUUUGCAAGAUAAAUGGGAAUUUUUAAACUUGCUAGACGUGUCAUAGUAACAACUGGCCUUUUUGAAGCACUAAUUGACAAGUACUGAAGUACAUGUCCUAGCUUUCAAUUUUUCACCAUAGUUUUAAAAGUAAUUCAUUUGUCACUUCGUCCAGACUUUAAUCAGGAUUUCUAAAAGUUUAAUGUUUUGCAGAAGAUGCAAGACACCUUUCUUCAGAGAGUCUUACUCGGGUGGUGAAGGGUCUUGUGUUUCACACUUCACUGAAACAACAGGGACAAGAGUUCCUACACAUUCUGCAGCUACCUAAGCUGUCUGAAGUGUUUGGUGGAAAGAGGGUUCUGUUAAGAAGGAAUUUUUCCUUAUGGGCUUUAUUUGAACCCGUUUGAUUGCACAGAUCUGGAGGCAGAAGUGACAUUUGAUUGAGCAUGCCAGCUUUUUCCUUCUAGCCAAUGUUUAAUGCAUCACAGACUCUCUGCAAAAAUCUAUCAUUUGGGUAAUUGUCUUUUUCUGAACCCUUCCUGCAGUACAGGGAAUUUAUUACCAAUUCUGGCUUUGGCAGAAUGUGAUAAUAAUGGUAGAAAACUCUGAAUAGGGCAGGGGUAAACAGUGAGUGUGGCCUAGCUUGGUUCCAACCUUGGCUCCUCCCUGCUGUGGCAGCUGUCCCUUGUGUGGCACAGCUCCCCCUCCACCAACUCUGUGACUGUUCCAAGUUCUUGUGGGGCAAUAUUAAAGAUGCAGGUGCUCAGUAUUGCAGCCAGGAAAUGACUUGCAUAGAACACACUUAUUAAUUAACAUUUCAGAAAUUAAAACACACCACAAUGCCUAAAAAGGAAAACCUGCUGGGUUAAUCAGACUACACAUCCACUUACCUGUUGUUUUACUGUAUUGGUUACAUUAGGAAAAAUUAAGAGCUACUGCUAUUUUGAUUUGGGUUUACAAAAAUCACUUUCAAGUCCACAGGAGUUUCUAAAUUGCUGAGAAAUGUUCACUUACAUUCAUCCCUGGCCUUCAUGCGUGCGAUAAAUGAGUAACUUUUAUUUCUUCUGUAGUUUUCAUAAGGGUCGUCCAAUGCAACUCCCACUCCUUUGUACUGAUCCCACUUGUCUCGGAUGUCACCUCCUUUAAUUGGAUCUUGAAUUCCUUGCUCCUUGGCUCCCAAUCCACCAGAUCCACUCCAUCCUGCAGCAAGGACACAACAUUGCAAUCCUUUCACUGGUUUUUUAUGACUACAAUUGUGAUGACAAACAUGACAUUUUGGAAACAACCAAAGACAGCAUCAGUUUGAUAAAGCAGGAUGGGAACAGACAACCUGAAACAACUCAUGAACUGUCCCAUUUAUUUCACAAGCAUUAAUAUGCACAGAUUCUAGGAGCUGACAGCAGCAGCAUCCCUAAAAACUGUUAGGAGGAUAACAAGAAAGGCAAUGCAAGUCCAAUCUGUCCAGCCAACCCUGCUGACCUGCACUGUUGGGAGAUUAAAUACUUCAGGUAGGGUCAGUUCUGUCUGAUGCCAAACUCAGCCCUGUCUUCUGUAUCUUUCUCAGAAAAGCAACUAUCACUGCUCCAUAUACUUACACCUCUGAAUAUUCUUAUGCUGACCUUGGAAUGCAAAGCAAUAAUUCCGUAUGAACAUGCAUUAAUUAAUUACAUCUAAGACUUUGGUGUCUAAUUUUGUUUCCUGGCUUGUGUAAGAUUCUAGAACAGCCUCUUACCCAUUUUCACGAGCAUUUGAUGGCCUUUAUUUUCUUCUCCAAGUCUCGAUUCUGGUAUAGGAGGCCCAGAACUGGAGCCCAAACCAGCAGAAGAACUAAGAAAAAUAAGAACAAAUUAAGAACCAGUGAUACUAUUCUGACACAAAACACAG